CAUAAUGAUGUCAGUGAAGCAAGGGGCGGAUUUGCACGGAGCCCACGAGAGCAAACUCCCUAGCAGCGUGUCUGAAAUAAUGAAACAUGGAUGAUGAGGUUGCCGAAAGUUGGGAAGAAGCCGCAGACAGUGGGGAAAUGGAAAGAAGAUUAGAAGAGAAGCUUAGAAUCAGCCAGAAAGAGAGGGUGUCCAGCAGCAACACUUCACAUUCGCUGUUGAAGACGGCCAUUGUGAUCCAGGACGACUCCCUCCCCGCGGCCCCCCCGCCCCAGAUCCGCAUCCUGAAGAGGCCCUCCAGUAACGGGUCGUUAGGGUACCCCUCAUCCCAGAACAGGCCCACGCCGCAGGUGAAGUCCUUGGCUCAGCGUGAGGCAGAGUACGCAGAGGCCAGAAAGAGAAUAUUGGGGAGCGCCUCUCCUGAAGAGUCGCCUCAAGAGAAGCCUAACACGGAAAGCUGCAGACAAGGGCGCACAAACUCUGCUCAUCCUUUAGAGGAGUCACGAUCAAACAAUCAGGCAGUUCGCCAACCAGCAGGGCCUGAUGGCACACAAGGUUUCCGCCAGCACAGAUAAGAGGGCGUGAGGCCAUAUAGCCAUGGGGGAGAGAGAGGGCUGGAGAGGAAUAUCAAAUGACCCCUAGGAAAGGGGGCAUUUAUAUAAAGAAAAAGGACUUCCUUCAGUGAGUACAAAUGCAUAUCCCCUUACUCCCAAAUCCCACUUUUUUUAAUGUGGGUGGGAUGGGAGGUGAUGUAAAAUGCAUGGAGGUACUUUGUGUACAUUUACAAAACGCAUUCUCUCUCCAACCCCCCCACCACUGACACUGUGAUAAAGGACAUUUUUCUGGAAUCGGCUCACUGUGAUGAUCCCUUUAAGAAACCCCACCGAAAUCCACACCUUACCAGGUAGUUCUCUACUUCUCUCUUCUCAUCUGGCAACCACGUUGCCGCGGGAAACCCAAGGGAAUGACGAGUGUUUUGUCAUGGAUACCUUUGCAAAAAGACUACCUGUGGCAGAGAAGGAAGAGAAACCGAAGAGAGGAGUAGUGAUCGGUCCUUAGCAAAGCGAUAAAUGGAGGGAUGGCGAAUUGUAUUGUCUUGUCCUAGCAAUAAUACAGAAAUAUCACUCAAUCCCCUGCCUAUACAGCCUAUAUAGCCUGGUCAAAAUGGUUUCAUUUGUCAAAUGUUGUCCCACUUAGUUUUUUCUUUUAAUUUACAUUAUUGGUAAUAUUAUCUACUUUGCCAUUUGUUUUUAAAUUAAGGGUGGUGUGUGUUUUUUGGAAGUUUAGUUUUCUGAUCAGUUCUGUUUACGAUUUGUCUUUUUUUUUUUUUGCUUUUCUGGCAUCUUCCUUGGACUGUCCUGAGUUCUAUUUAAAAGAGAAAUAAUUUUAAAAAGUGAA